CGGCAGCGCGUUUGCGCGGUUGGCUGACGAUGAGACCACCCAAUGCAACACCCAAGUUUUAACUCAAUCUCGUUACUGCACCUUGCAUAAUUGCGGGGCAAACUGAAAUAUCAUACAAAGCCAGCUCUCCAUCGACUCAUAGAGCCUGCUUUUCAAGCCGAACGUGUGUCUGACGUCACCAGAGUUAAACCCUAGACCCGUGUGAGUUGCCCUGCGCGUGCGCGCCUCUUCCCUCGCUCGCUUCGAUCUAAUGUGCGCGUAUGCAAAAUAACAACACAACAUGGCUGUCAUCACCUGCUUCAGACCGCUCGUGACUCCUACCGGACUGCAGUGGCGCCAACGUGGCGACUCGUCGCGACGCCUCCGGACCAGCCUCAGCGCGCCGUUCGGCCUUCACGCGCUGCUGCUGCUGCCGCUGCUGCUGUGUGCCUGCAGUGGUCACUGCCCAGCUGCUACAGGGCUAAAGUUGGUUGCGCGACACACUGCAGCAGCGGCGCAAUCCCAGUCACCGGCGGCGGCGGAGGGGCAGGCGGCUGCCAUGGCACAGCGCGCAGCACUACGAGGCGCGGCACUAAGGGGGGCCGUGCCCGGGACGGCAGUAGCGCCCCGGACGGCAGUAGCAACCCGGACGGCAGUAGCGGCGCGGCAGCUUCCCGAGCGGCCGGGGCGCGGCGCCGGCACCACCGCAGCGCAAGCGCACCACGGCAGCAGCGGCGGCGGCAGCAGCAGCAGCAGCCACGUCAGCACUGGCGGCGGCGGCGCCAGCCGCGGGCGACAGCUGGGCGGCAUGCGGUGGGAGGCGUGCGGCGGCGGGCCGGCGGGGGCGCCCAUGCUGCAGCCGGAUGACGUCAGCAUGGCUCCCGACCCGCCGCACCACGGCCGCACCAUGGACAUCAACGUGACCGGCACCACGCCCCUCUCCACGCCCGGCGGCCGCUUCCAGGUGGCGGUGUCGUACCUGGGCGUGCGGGUGUACACCCACGCGACGGACCUGUGCGAUGCCAUGCCGUGCCCGCUGGAGGCCGGGACGCCCUUCCGGCUGCGAGUCAGCCAGAAGCUGCCGAUGCUGGCGCCGCCGGGGCCGUACACGAUGGAGAUCACGGGAGACGCCGAGGCCGGUGGGCGUUUCAUGUGUGUGCUCAUCAGCUUCAACCUGGCGGCCCCGGGGGGCAGUCCGGCAGCGGAGGGGCCGGCAGGCGGGCACAGCUGAUGAGGCGGGCGGGCGCAGCUGAUGUAGGCAUGUAGGCCUGUUGGGUGCGGCGGUGCGCGCGGCCUUCUGUUAGUUUGUGCGUGCUGGGGGGGGGGCGAGUGGAGGCCUUGGGAGUCGGACCUGGCAGAGUGAUGUGUGGGGUGAAGGGUCAAGUGUAGGGUCAAGUGUAGGUUCAGGUGUAGGGUGCCUUACCUGUUGAUUGGCGUGCGCGGCGACCAGCAGUGCGGUAGCCUACCGCGUCCCGCACGCACAGGCACAGGUAGGUAGGCGCUGUAUGUUGCUGAGGAGCGAGGGUGAAGCAGAUCAAUGAAGUUAAAGGAGGCCAGGGUGAAGCAGACCAAGGUGCACGGUCGGGGUAAAGACGAAUGGUGGCUUACUGCGCAUGAGAUCGUGUGUGGGACGGACCUGUGCGUGCCCAAACCCGCUAACACGUACGAAGGCCGCCGAAGGGGUGGCGGCAGGACCGCAGGAGUGAUGAAGUGAUGGAGUGAUGGAGUGCGGUGUUUCCCUACUUGCUGGGGGCUGUACGUACGGAAGUGUGGUACAACCAUGGCGGACUGAAGUGCGGCUGUGCAAGCAGGGCAUGUAAAGCGCUAAUAGC